AGGGGCUCGACAACACGCAGCCAGUCCACACACAACUCCAAACUUUACGCACGGAUGUUCGCCUGUGGAAGUCCCUCUCUCUGCUGAGGCGCAUUGUUACAAACUUUUCAACUUUUUUUUUUCAACUUUUCUACGCUCUGGAAGCAGCUCCAAAGAAACAACUUUCUUAUACUUUGACAUUUUUAUUUUAAACAGACAGAUGCAGUGAAUCUAAACAAACAAACAAAAAAAUGACCGCUGUGUUAAAGUGCCUGGUCCUGGCGCUGUGUAUCAGCGCGCACAGGCUCUUGGCAGUGCCCCGGCUGGAGGAGGAGGAUGGAUCCGGUGACAGCGCCUCGACCCUGGCCUUUGUGUUCGACGUUACCGGCUCCAUGUACGACGACCUGAAGCAGGUGAUAGAAGGCGCCUCGCGGAUCUUGGAGAAGACUGUUAGCCGGAGAACCAGACCCAUCAAAAACUUCGUCUUGGUGCCCUUCCACGACCCAGAUAUUGGCCCCGUGUCAAUCACCACUGACCCACGGAAGUUCCAGCAGGAUCUGCAAGAGCUGUUUGUGCAGGGUGGCGGCGACUGCCCUGAGAUGAGCAUCGGAGCCAUAAAGAAAGCUCUGGAGGUUUCCCUGCCUGGAUCCUUCAUCUACGUCUUCACCGACGCCAGGGCCAAGGACUACCGCCUGAAACGAGACGUCCUGCAGCUGGUGCAGCUCCGUCAGUCUCAGGUGGUGUUUGUGUUGACUGGGGACUGCGGGGACCGUUCUCAGCCUGGCUACAGGGCGUACGAGGAGAUCGCUGCCACCUCCUCGGGACAAAUCUUUCACCUGGACAAGCAGCAGGUCAACGAGGUUUUAAAAUGGGUGGAGGAGACGAUCCAGGCCAUGAAGGUCCACCUGCUGUCCUCCAACCAUGACAGUGCCCAAGAGAACAAGUGGGAAGUGCCCUUUGACCCCAGCCUCAGAGAGGUCACUGUGUCACUAAGUGGACCAGCACCACAAAUUGAGCUCACCGAUCCCUUUGGUCGUGUAGUCAGUGAGGAGCAGGGUCUGAAAGAACUGUUGAAUAUUCCCAACUCUGCUCGUAUUAUCAACCUGAAGUUUCCCAGACCUGGAGCCUGGAAACUGAAGGCAAGUUGCAGUGGGCGUCACACUCUGAGGGUCACUGGAGUCAGCAGUCUCGACUUCCGUGCGGGCUUCUCCAGCAUACCUGUGUCUGAGUUCAACCACACUAGGGAACGGCCAGUAAAAGGACUACCAGCCCAUGUUUUGCUGAAAUGCACCGGCCUGAAGCCUCCAGGUCAACUGAGCCACGCGGAGCUGAUGUCAGGCUCUGGCCGCUCUCUGCGCACAAUCCCAGUUCCUUUGCCCUCUGACCUCGGACAACAAGGACUGUGGAGUCUCCCAGAGUUCCGCACCCCCUCCCAGAGCUUCUUCAUCAAGGUGACAGGCAAAGACGAGGAGGGCUACCGCUUCCAGAGACUGUCCAGCGUCUCCUACACCAACAUUGUUCCAGAUCCCCCAGCUGUGAGAAUGCCUGAUGUGGUGAAGGGUUACUACAUGCAGCCCGCUGUGAUAAGCUGCUCGGUGGAGAGUGAUGUGCCCUACAGGCUGAGAUUUAGCAGAAGUGGGAUUACCCUGGGAGAGGAGAGGGUCUACCAGAAUUCCGCCAUCGCAUCGUGGGAGAUUGCUCACGUCGCGGCCGAGGAUGAAGGCCUGUAUGAGUGCAUCGCACAAAGCAGUGCGGGUCAGGGACGGGCCUUAACCCAGGUGACUGUUAGAGAACCUCCUCCAGUCCUGAAGGCAGCCGUGAACGUGACAUCCUCUGUGGGUGGUGUCGCUGUGCUCUCCUGCCAGGUGGAAGGUUCCAUGCGCCACAACUUGACCUGGCUCAGAGCGGGUCGUACCAUCCAGGCCCGCACGGGCAGAGUGAGGUUGCUGCCAAACUCGUCCCUGCAGGUGAACGGAGUGCAGAGUCAGGACGCCGGGGAGUAUCGCUGUGUGGCCACCAACGCCCAGGGAGACGGCAGCAUUACAGUGUGGCUUUUUGUCCCAGAGGCUCCCUCUGUGGUAGUUCACCCACAGAGCCAGGCUUUCUCCCGAGGGGAUGAGAUCCGCCUCGUCUGCUCGGCGUCCGGUUCCCCCCCUCCCCAGCUCUUCUGGAGCCAUGGAAACAUGUUCCUCACCAAACGGCCGAGGUUAAGCCAAAACCAGCAUGGCGUCCUGACCAUAAGAGCGGCUCUCCCAGAGGACGCUGGGAACUACACAUGUCUGGCAAGCAAUGAGGCUGGGACCGCCUCUCAAUCGGUGUCACUGACCUUUGUAGAGUUGCCAAGGAUAACGGUGUCACAGCAGGUUGUGCUUGUUUCUGUCGGCGGUGACGCGACUCUAGAGUGCCAAGCCUCAGGCGUUCCCCCUCCCCUGAUCCACUGGUUCAAAGGCGAGCUCGAGGUGGGCUCGGCUCCUUUCGUUGAACAGGAUGUUCACCACGGGACCUUGCACAUCCGAGGGAUUCAGGAGGUGGACGCCGGUCAGUACAGAUGUGUGGCCAGCAGCUCUGCUGGAACAUCUGCUGGUACAGUCACUCUGCAGGUUGGAGCGAGCCCAUUGUUCUCUGAGGAACCGGUUGACGUGGCGGCUAAUGUUGGGGAGAACGUCACCCUCCCCUGUGUUGCCCGAGGUUUCCCGCAGCCGACAGUGUCCUGGCGCAGGCAGGACGGCAGACAGAUUCUUACAAGGACAAGUGGUCACAGUAGAACAAAGCAGCUGGAGAACGGCCACCUUUUAAUCCAGAGUGUUUGGCUGGACGAUGAAGGGCUGUACAUCUGCGCAGCUACGAACCAGUUUGGAACCAGCACAACCGAGGCCAGAGUUAGUGUCACUGGAUUGGAACCACCGGUCUUGGCCCACGGCGCCCCAAUCAUUAGCACAGGUGUCGGUCAGUCCGUCAGUCUUCCCUGCAUGCUGCUGGACGGAAUUCCCCUCCCAGAAAGACACUGGUCCCAAAAUGGAAAACCCGUUCAGCUCAACGGGAGGAUGUUCUUGAGGAGUGACGGCAGUUUGUACAUUGAAAGAACAAGCCCAGAUGAUUCUGGGAUGUACGUGUGCACUGCGGUGAAUGUAGCCGGCUCUAUGAACAUCACAGUCACCCUGGAGGUCCACGUGCCCCCCGAGAUCAACGCCGGUCCGUACCACUACAUCGCCAACGAAGGCGUAGACACCACGCUGUCUUGUGAGGCCACUGGCAUUCCAAAGCCAAAAGUUGCCUGGUCCAAGGGCAGGCAGCCUCUCCACAGGGAGCGCUCCUCUGUGCAGUCGGACCCCGAUGGACACCUCCGCAUCCCCCACCCCACCACUGACGAUGCAGGCAUCUACAUCUGCACGGCGACCAGUCCUGUGGGCUACGCCAGCCGAGAGAUCCAGCUCAGCGUCAACACCCUGCCCAAGAUAGCGGGUGUGAGUGGCCAUGACCAAACGGUGAAGAUGACGGCAGAGGUGGGAACGGAGGUUGUUCUCUCAUGUGAGGCCCAGGGGAGUCCGUCUCCACUGGUGACGUGGAGCAGAAACGGGCAUCCCAUCCCCCCCGUCACAGCUGGGUUCACGGUUCUGCCCUCAGGCUCUCUGAAGAUCACCGACGUGCGCCUGAUUGACAGUAAACUGUACACCUGCACGGCCGAAAACCCGGCAGGCAACGUGUCCGUCAGCUACAAGCUACACAUUCAAGCUAAACCCAGGAUUCAGCCAGCACCCUCCCUCCUGAAGGCCCUGGUUGGCCAGACAGUGACUCUACCUUGUGUGGUCCAGGGGGAGCCGAGCCCGGAGGUCACUUGGUUUCAUAAUGGACUUCCUGUCGGGGUCGCCGCCACGCCCCUCAGGAUCCAGCAGGUCAACGUCGACGACCGGGGCACCUACCAGUGUGUGGCCAAGAACAGCGCCGGACAGGAGACGCUGGAGAUCGAGCUGGAAAUUCUUGAGGCCCCAUUCUUUGCCGAGCCUGGAGAUGCCGUCAUGGAGAAAGUAGCGAACAGCAAGGUCAUCAUCCCCUGUCCCGCUGAAGGUUCACCUCGCCCCAAAGUGCGCUGGUUCAAGAAUGGCCUGGAGAUACACGCGGAACAAUCGGAGUUCUCCAUGGCCAGGGAUGGAGCGCUUGUAAUUAGCACAGCAUCUGCCAGCCACAGCGGGGACUUCAAGUGCAUGGCAACCAACGAGGCGGGCACCGUGGAGAGGAAGACGAGGCUGAAAGUGAACGUUCCCCCAGAGAUCCAAGAUGACAACCAGCCACUGAACCUCACAGUCACCCUGAAGCAGCCUCUCACUCUGGGCUGUGACGCUUUUGGGAUCCCCUCCCCGACGAUCACCUGGACUAAAGACGGUCAUCCUGUGAAAAGUCCGGGCGUUUAUCUGCAGAAUGCAAACAGGCUUCUCAGAAUCUACAGAGUCCAGCCGGAUCAUUCAGGACAGUUUGCCUGCACGGCUGAGAACUCGGCGGGAGAGGCCAGAAGAGAGUACAACAUCGUGGUGCAAGCUCCUCCGGUGAUUUCAGGAACGUCCCGACUCCAGGAGUUGACGGUGGUCCUGAGCCAGGAGGUGGAGUUUCAGUGCAGAGUUAGUGGGCAGCCACCGCCUAGGGUGGAAUGGAGCCGUGAUGGAGAGGUUCUGUCUCGUAUCGGGGAUCCCCACGUCGAGUUCCUGGAGGAAGGCCAGGUGUUGAGGGUGAAGUCAGUGAGACUGAGGGACCAGGGGCUUUACCAGUGUCUGGCCAGCAACGAUGCAGGGACUCAGAUGCGCCAGUUCAGACUCACAGUGCAAGCUCCACCGGCCAUUAAAGGCCCCAACGAGACCUCCGAGGUGUCGGUGGUGCUAGGAUUCCCCACAGUGCUGCCGUGCGAUGUCGAGGGCUCGCCCGCACCCAGUAUCACCUGGCUGAAGGACAACCAGCCCAUCGUGUCCAGUCCCCAGCUGACGUACACCCGCGGUGGGCAGGCACUGCGGCUGGGCUCGGCACAGGGAGACAGCAACGGCCUCUACACCUGCAGGGCCACAAAUCCUGCGGGCACCGCCACCAAGCACUACUCUGUCAGUGUUCUGGUUCCGCCGCAGAUUGAGAGUCACUCGCCGUCUUUGACAUUCGCUGGUCAAGAGGAGAAAGUGCGGGUUAACGGGAGUUUAACUCUCUCCUGCUUGGCGAAAGGUUUCCCCGAGCCAAAGGUUAACUGGUUUAAAGACGGACAGUCAGUGACGGGAAACUCCCACGCUGGCGUCCAGGAGAGCGGCUAUUUCCUCCACAUCGACAACGCCCUUCUGUCACACGAGGGCCAGUACACCUGUGUGGUCACCAACUCUGCAGGGGAGGACAAGAAAGACUUUCACGUCACCAUUCAGGUUCCUCCCGUCUUCCACCGAGUGACAAACAGAGAAGCAGCCUGGGGUCUGGGACACGAGGAUGACAAUAACAAUGAGGACAUGGUCGAGAAGCGGGAGGUGAUCCUCGGCCAUCCCAUCAGCCUGUCCUGUGAGAGUAACGCCAUCCCCCCACCAAAACUCAGCUGGUACAAAGAUGGAAGAGAACUCACGUCUGUGGAUGGCGUGGUGCUACUUCCAGGUGGACAGGCGCUACAAAUCACGCGAGUUCAGAGAGAAGAUGCUGGGAAGUAUACAUGUCAGGCCGUCAACGAGGCCGGGGAGGACCACAUGCACUUUGAGCUGGAGAUUCUGGUCCCUCCCGUGAUCACAGGAGCAUCGGAGGAGUUUAUGGAGGCAAUGGGAGCGGUGGUCAACAGCACCGUCGUCCUCCACUGCGACGCGACGGGACACCCGGCUCCAAGCGUCUCCUGGCUGCGAGACGGACAGCCGGUGCGCUCGGACUCACAGCACCACAUCAGCGAGGACGGGACUCAACUCCAGCUCCUCAGCGUUCAGGUCACCGACAUGGCCGGGUAUUUGUGUGUGGCUGAGAACAAGAUCGGAACGGUUGAGAAACUGUUUAGUCUGACCGUGCAAGUGCCUCCGAAAAUGAUCGGCAGUAAGGAAGAGAAGGUCAGCGUCAUCGAGGGCCACAUGGCGUCUCUGCUGUGCGACGUCCAAGCGUAUCCUCCUCCAGAGAUCACCUGGACCAAAGAUGGCCAGGUCCAUAUGUUCAACACCGGCAUCCACGUUCUUCCAGGGGGACAGAUGCUACAGCUGACACGGGCCAAGCUGGAAGACGCGGGGCAAUAUGUGUGCACAGCCAGCAACUCAGCAGGCCAAGACCAGAAGAACAUUCUCCUCAGUGUUUAUGUGAUGCCCACCCUGAAGCCCCGUCCUGACACCGAGUCAGACCUGGUCACGCCUCAGCUCGGCUCGUCGCUCACCCUGAGCUGCGAAGCCCGUGGCGUUCCCGAGCCCGAGGUCACUUGGUAUAAAAAUGGGCUGCAACUGUCACCGGGGAACGGACUGGAGGUGAAUCGUCACCAGCUGGAGAUCGAAGGAGUUCAGAUGACAGAUGGCGGCACCUACACUUGCAAAGUGUCCAACAUGGCCGGACAGGUGGACAGGACGUUCAAAGUGACCGUUCACGUUCCACCCGUCCUAGCCGGGCCCGUCCAGGAGUCCCUGAACUACACACUCGGCUCCCACGUGGCUCUGCUCUGUGAGGCCACAGGAGUCCCCGUCCCCAGCAUCACCUGGCUUAAAGACGGAACACCUAUCGAGAGCAGUCUGCAGUGGCAGUGGUCUGUUCGAGGGAACCGACUGGAGCUGGGGCCUCUGGCUCUGUCUCAUGCCGGCACGUACACCUGUGUGGCAAAGAACAGUGAGGGUCAGAAGCAGAAAGACUACACACUCACAGUCCAGGUAUCGCCGACCAUCCUGGACUCGGACCACUCAGCUGAUGUAAGUGCGCCCAUGGGAGAGGAGCUGACCCUGCAGUGCAGAGCAUCUGGAAUCCCCACGCCCCGCGUCAGCUGGCUGAAGGACGGAGUAACUUUAGAGGGAUCGGACAGCCGCCACAUCUCUGUGACCCCGGAUGGCGGCGCGCUGACGUUACGGAGGCUGAGCGCCGAGGAUUCUGGGACAUACACCUGUCUGGCCUUCAGCCCGGCUGGACAAGAAAGCAGAAUCUACACCGUCUUUGUACUCGUCCCGCCCACCAUCUCCGGAGAGACCGCUGCGCCCCGAGAGGUGCAGGUCACGCAGGACAGCGCUGUGACUCUGGAGUGUAAGGCGACAGGAAACCCUGCGCCUCAGAUCAGCUGGCUGAAGAACGGACGGCCCCUGCUCCUCUCCCCGCGCGCACGCCUCCUCUCCGGUGAUUCGGUGCUGAGGCUGUCUCCUGUGCAGCUGUCCGAUUCUGGAGUUUACACGUGUGUGGCACGCAGUCGAGCUGGUCUUGCUGAGCUUAGCUAUGACGUCCAGGUCCAAGUUCCCCCAGGUGUGGAUCACGUUGAACCUGUGGAGCCGGUCACGGUUGUCCAAGGAUCCUUGGUCACGUUAACCUGCGAGGCGCGCGGCGUUCCACCUCCGACGCUAACGUGGAUGAAGGACGGACAGCCGCUGUCCCUUCACCGCAACCUGCUGCUGGACGGAAGGGAGACGAGGUUGCAGCUGCCCGACGUGGCGCCGUCAGACGCAGGCCUCUACAGCUGCGUCGCGAGCAACCAGGCAGGAAGCAGCACCAAGAGCUUUAACCUCACUGUGCUUGAGCCUCCGAAGAUGUCCGGCUCCAGCUCCCCAGAGGAGCUGACGAUAGCCAUGGACAGUCCACUGGAGCUGGAGUGCUCAGCUGUGGGCGUUCCACCUCCCGCCCUCAGCUGGCUGAAGGACGGCCGCCCCUUAGAAGGGACCGACGUUGUCCAGCAGGACGGACACUUUGUCAGGAUUAGCAAAGUUCAGGUUGAGGAUGCAGGUUUGUACACCUGCUUGGCCAGCAGCCUCGCCGGAGAGGACGGAAAAAACCACUGGGUCCGCGUACAAGUUCCCCCAACCGUCCUCGGCUCAGGUGACGUGAGGACGUUGACGGUGCCAGUUAGCGGACACCUGACCAUGGAGUGCCUGGCCGACAGCGACCCUCUGCCAGACAUCGAGUGGUACAAAGAUCAGGCCAAACUGCAGACAGGAGGUCAUAUUCAGAGACUUGCAGGGGGUCAGUACCUGGAGAUACAGGAGGUCAGACCGGAGGACGGCGGCCAGUACAGCUGCGUGGUCACCAACAUGGCCGGAAGCACCAGUCUGUUGUUCAACGUGGAGAUUCUCCUACCACCUGUGAUAAAGGAGAGCAGCUCACUGGUGACCACCCACGUGGGUCAGGACGCAGUUUUACCUUGUCAGGUCGACGGCGACUCUUCGCCCGCAGUCACGUGGAGGAAAGACGGCUUCCCCGUGUCUGUGGAUAACAAGAAGUACACGUUAUCAGAGGGCUCCCUGCGUGUACGUGGGGUUCAACUGAGUGAUGCUGGCCGCUACUACUGCACGGUGUCCAACCAGGCCGGCUCCGAUCACCGAUCACUUGAUCUGCGAGUGUUUGUGGGUCCUUCGAUCAGUCCGGGUCCGUUCAAUGUGACAAUGACCACAGGGGUUAGAGCAGUGCUGAGCUGCGAGACGACAGGUAUACCUCCACCUACAGUGUCCUGGAAGAGGAACGGCACACCGCUUGAUGUCAGUCAGCUGCCUGGAGCUUACAGGAUUCUUUCCUCGGGAUCCCUUGUUCUUUUGACGCCAUCCAGCGAGGAUGAAGGUUACUUUGAGUGCACUGCCAUAAAUGCUGUUGGAGAAGAACGUAGGGUCAUCGAGGUCAUCGUACAAGUCCCACCAACUAUUGAAGACGACGUCACGACGGUGACAGCCGUGAAAAUGUCUCCAGUGGCGUUGCCUUGUCAAGUACAAGGACGUCCACAGCCAACCAUUACCUGGACGAAGGGUGGCACCAAACUGGGCUCCAGAGGAGGAAGUUAUCGUGUCCUUCCCACAGGAGUGUUGGAGAUAACGGCUGCUGUGCCGAGUCAUGCGGGCAGAUACACGUGUUCAGCUCGUAAUCCAGCAGGAGUGGCUCACAAACAUAUAUCUCUGACGGUGCAAGAGCUCCCAGAGAUCAGGCCUAUGGCGGAGGAAGUGCAGGUGGUGUUGCAUCAUGGGACAGUGCUACCCUGUGAGGCUCAGGGCUUCCCCAGACCAUCCAUCACCUGGCAAAGAGAGGGAGUUCCCAUAGCAGCAGGUCACAGACUGGCUGUGCUCUCAAACGGAGCUCUGAAGUUUUCCCGCGUCACGCUCGGCGAUGCAGGGUCCUACCAGUGCCUGGCAAAGAAUGAAGCCGGGGUAGCUGUGGGAAGAACCAAACUGGUCCUUCAUGUUCCGCCGGUGCUGAGCGUGCCUCGCGUGGAGUACACCGCGGUGCUCGGCCAGCCAGCCGGUCUGGAGUGUGUCGCCGAUGGGCAGCCUCAACCUGAAGUGACUUGGCACAAAGAGAGGAGGCCUGUGGUUGACGGCGCACGUGUGCAUCUCUUUGCCAACGGGACUCUGGCGAUAACUUCAACCCAGCGCAGCGACGCCGGCCUCUACACGUGCGCCGCCAAGAACCUCGCUGGCAGAGCCAGCCAGGACAUGCGGCUGAUUAUUCAAAUCCCACCCAAGAUUCCUCCUGUGCAGACUGAGCUAUCAGUGAUCCAGGGAUUUCAGGCUCUGCUGCCAUGUGCUGCUCAGGGUUCACCAGAACCCAGAGUGUCCUGGGAGAAGGACGGCGUCACUGUGCCGACCCGGCCAGGCAAAUUCACCGUCCUGCGGUCAGGAGAGCUAAUCAUUGAGAGGGCUGAGCCAGCGGACGCCGGAGUGUUCACAUGCGUGGCCACGAACGCGGCAGGCUCGGCGAGACAAGACAUUCGCCUGUCAAUCAACAUGAGGCCCGCCUUCAAGGAGCUGCCUGGUGACGUGACCCUGAACAAAGGACAGAGUCUGGCCUUGUCCUGCCACGCUCAGGGAACGCCCUCACCGGUCAUCUCCUGGACGGUCAACAACAGCCCUUAUGCAGGCGCCUCCUUAGACGAGGCUGGCAGGAGCUCCAUCAUCAUCGACAAUGUGACCAGAGGUGACGCCGGGACCUACGUCUGCAUCGCGGAAAACCGCGUGGGCUCCAUCCGAGCGCUGUCGUUUGUCCGCAUCAGAGAGCCUCCGGUGCUGAAGGGUGAAGCCCACAUGUCUCAGACAGUUGUGCAGGGCGGCUCAGCGAUGCUCGACUGUCCGGUCCACGGAGACCCCAGCCCUGUGCUCCGCUGGCUCCGGGACGGGAAACCCUUGCUCCGCUCCGUCCGAAUUCAAGCCCUCCGCAACGGCUCCUUAGUCGUUUACAGCAUCAGUGCUGCAGAUGAGGGGGAGUACCAGUGUGUAGCAGAGAGCGAAGCUGGGACAGUGGAGAGGACCAUUACUCUCAAGGUUCAGAUCAACGGAGGCUACUCGACCUGGCAGGAGUGGAGUCCGUGCAGUAGCACGUGUGGACGAGGUUUCCAAGAACGGACGAGAUUGUGCGACAACCCGGAACCGGCCAACAGGGGCAGAUCGUGCAGCGGCUCGAGUAUCGAUUCUAGGAAAUGUCAGACUGGUCUCUGUCCAGGAGAGUCUCCUCGCAGGACCAGAGGCAGCCUGAUAGGCAUGGUGAACGAGAGGGAGUUUGGCGUGUCCUUCCUGGAGGCCAACAUCACAGACCAUGCGGAGGAGGGAAGCAGCACUCUGCAGGCACGUCUGGACAACAUCCCCCCCAGCGUGGGUCCCUUGCUGCGAGUGCUCGUGUCCGUGUUUGCGCCCGUCUACUGGACCACGGUGUUACAGAGCGGAGCUGCCAGAAACGGCUUCUCUUUCACCCAAGGCCAGUUCAGGCAAGAGUCUCAGCUGGAGUUUGAGACGGGGGAAAUCCUUCGUUUGACCCACGUCGCCCGGGGUCUGGAUUCUGAGGGAGUUCUCCUCAUUGACAUAGUAAUCAAUGGAUUUGUUCCUCCGUCAUUAUCGUCAUCUCAUCUGAGCCUUCAGGAAUUCGAUGAGUCAUACGUGCAGACGGGCCGGGGGCAGCUGCACUCGUGGUCGUCGCAGGCCCAUCAGAGAGAAGGAAACCCUGUGGUGUUACGCUGCAAUCACACCAUUAUUUACGAGGGCCAGGAGGAGCGCCAGGGCCCACUGCUCCAGCUGCUCAAGGUAUCUGGGAUGAACAGUGUCUACAACAUGUUCACGCUCACGCUGGACUUCCACGUCACGGCCAGCCUUCUCAUACCAGACGGUUAUGAAGACACAUGCCCUAAAGGUUUCCUCCUCGACACAGCUUCCUACUGUGCUGAUGAAGACGAGUGCGCACUGCAGUCCCCCUGCUCUCAUUCCUGCAACAACAUCAUGGGAGGCUUCUCCUGUGCCUGUCCCUCCGGCUUCACCAUCUCUACAGAGACCAACGCAUGCCAAGAUAUCGACGAGUGUUCCCAGGGUUCACACAUGUGCCACUACAACCAGCAGUGUGUCAACACAGUGGGCACGUACCGCUGCCAGGCCAAGUGUGGGCCAGGAUUUAAGCCCAGCGUCACGGGAACCAGCUGCGAAGACGUGGACGAGUGCCAGGAGUCUGCCGUCUCCCCGUGUCAGCAUCAGUGCCUAAAUACUCUGGGCUCCUACCGCUGUAUCUGUCACCCUGGAUACCAGCUCUCAGGACAGCGCUGCAUUGAUAUUAACGAGUGCAUGAGAAACAUUUGCCCGGCUCACCAGCAGUGUCGAAACACAGAGGGAGGAUACCAGUGUUUCGACAGCUGUCCUGCUGGGAUGACCAAAGCAGAGAAUGGAGCCUGCAUGGAUAUUGACGAGUGCCAGGAUGGGAGUCACAUGUGUCGCUACACACAGAUCUGUCAGAACACGGUCGGAGGUUACGGCUGCGUGUGUCCCAGAGGUUACCGAUCCCAGGGAGUAGGCCUCCCAUGUCUGGACAUCGACGAAUGCCUGCAGACACCGAACCCUUGUGCCUACCAGUGCCGUAACGUGCCGGGCAGCUUCAGGUGCUCGUGUCCUCCCGGCACUGUGCUGCUCGGGGACGGACGCUCCUGUGCGGGGCUGGAACGAGGCCAGACGUUUUCGAACGGGACCCGAGUCAGAGCGAGACUCCGCCCUCAGCUCGUGUCUUCUCUGGGGAGGCCCAUCCUGUCCCGCUCUAACGGAGUCUCUCGCAUCACCAGGCAGUCGUGUCCUGCGGGGUACACCAACAGAGACGGAACAUGUGUCGAUGUGGAUGAGUGUGUGUUCAGGAAGCCGUGUCAACACGAAUGCCAGAACACCAUCGGCAGUUUCCGGUGUCUGUGUCCACCAGGAUAUCAGCUCUUACCAAACGGCAGGAGCUGUAAAGACAUUGACGAGUGUGUCGAACAAGGCAUCCAGUGUGGACACAAUCAGAUGUGUUUUAAUACCAGAGGAGGAUACCAGUGCCUGGACACUCCCUGUCCCGCGUCCUAUCAGACAGGCAGAAGCCCCGGGACCUGCUACAGACCCUGCUCUCUGGACUGCGCCACGGGAGGCUCGACUCUGCUUCUGCAAUACAAGCUGCUCACUCUUCCCUCGGGCAUCCCGGCCAAUCACAACGUGGUGCGACUGUCCGCCUUCUCCGAGUCCGGAGUCCUGCAGGAACGCACCGCUUUCACCAUACUUGAGCAAGACUCGGAGGCGGGCGCGAUGACGGGCCGCGUGUUCGGCAUCAGGGACGAGGCGGGCAGGGGAAUCAUCUUCACCCUGCGGGUCUUGGACAGACCGGGACUCGUGCGGCUCAAGGUGCAGGCCACCACCAUCUCUCUCCAGGGCCGCAUUACCUACCAGAGCAUCUUCAUCAUCUACAUCUCCAUCUCAACAUACCCCUACUGAGCUGCUGGGCUGCUUUACAGAUGACUCUGCCCACAGUGGCCCAUUAGAAACCACUCACCCACGCGAAGAAAGAAGACACAAACAGUACAUAUACAAGGACGAGGUGGACGUGGUUAUGAAGUGGAUUUCAUGGAGAUGAGAAGCCCCCCAGGUCUGUGACUGACACGUCACAGUAGAUAAAGCUCUGCCGUUUUUUAAAUGUUGCCUUCAGCGGGAGGUGAAUGAAUUAUAGCGUAGAUCAUACUCGACUGAAGACGUGGAUGAACACACAAAUGACACAAUUUCAUCCGGUUUUUAUCAAUACCUGAAAAUGCACAAUACAAAGAAAUGUAAUCACCAACCAAGCACUGAAUUAUUUUCUGUCCAUCAGGACACGGACUCUGUCAUUUUGUGUUUCAAAUGUUGAAUAUCUAGUUCUGGGAGACACUCAUAUUUACCUAAGCCUAUCACACGUCUUUGUUCUAGUAGUUUGUACAAUGUUUCCUCUAUCAUUUUAAUUUAUUGAAGUCCUUUGAACACAUCACUGGUUCAAACAGUCUCCUGACACAGAGGGUUCGGGCUCGUGCCUGAAAUGACAAACCUUCAGCGACGCGUUCUAACAGUGGCUUGUAUCCGUCGGGCGAGCGACAGUGUUUAAUCUCUCAUUAUGUGUUUUUUGUACUCUUUUCUAACCAUUUCUUUCUUGUUUUUUAUCACGUGACAAACGUACGGUGCUGUUCUGAAUGUAUGCACAUGUAUUAAGUGGUGCUGGAGUCACAGAGGAAACCGACGCCACAGUGUUGGACUGCACUUACAGUUUCUAUCAUUAUUUUCUGCAUGUGCGAUGCUGUUCAGUAACCACAGGCACCAUUAAUGGCACCACUGGUGCAAAUCGGGAAGUCAAAGGUUUCCCCUGCUCUUGCAGAUAAAAUAAAUAUUUUUCUGUGAAAUAUUUUUGCUGUAAAUGAUUG